AUGGCGGGAGAAACAUCUUGGAUAAGCCACUAUGAUGACAGACAGAGGGAGACCGGGGUGUUUGACUCAUUUUUAGAACUUGGUGAGGAAGGUGAAAAAGAAGCAUCUGCUGUUUCUUUGGAUGUCAUUUUGCCAGAUGACUUGUUGGAACGAAUCCUAGCUUAUCUACCCAUUGCAAGCAUUUUUAGAGCUGGUUGUGUGUCUAAGAGAUGGCAUGAAAUUGUUAAUUCGGGGAGGUUUUUAUGGAACCUUUCCAAUGUUCUACCGCAGAAACCAUGGUACUUUAUGUUUACAAGCUCUGAUGAACCAGUUGGUUAUGCUUUCGAUCCUGUUCUUCGUAAAUGGUAUAACAUUGAACUUCCAUGCAUUGGUACUUCAAAUUGGUUCAUUGCUUCAUCAUGUGGCAUGGUCUGCUUCAUGGACAAUGACAGCAGAAGUGAAUUAUGCAUCUGCAACCCAAUUACCAAAACCUACAGGAAGCUCGAGGAGCCUCCAGGUUUGAAAUUUUCUGAUUACAGUGCAUUAGCAAUCUCAGUCAACAGGGAGUCUCACUUUUAUUCUGUGGCAAUUGUAAAAUCUAAACAAGUUCCUGAGAACUUCUUCCAGUGGGAUAUCUCAAUCCAUAUAUACAAUUCAGAGAACACAACUUGGGUGACCUCUUUAACAGAAGUUUUGAUGGGGUGGAGAGGUGGUGAUGAGAGUGUGAUAUGCAAUGGGAUGCUAUACUUCUUAGUUUAUUCAACUGGGGGUGGCCAACCUGAAAAUCGUCAUGCUCUAAUUGCAUAUAACAUGUCUAACCGUUCUUCUCAAGGUAGCUUAACAAGGAGCUUUAUUCCAGUACCUUGUUCUCUAACUUGUGGCCGACUGAUGAAUCUGAAGGAGAAACUUGUAAUGGUGGGAGGAAUUGGUAAACCAGAUCGACCGGACAUAAUAAAAGGAAUUGGUAUCUGGCUUCUAAAUGAUAAGAGGUGGGAAGAGAUUGGUCGAAUGCCCCAAAAAUUCUUCCAAGGCUUUGGAGAGUUUGAUGAUGUUUUUGCUAGCAGUGGUGCAGAUGAUCUGAUAUACAUUCAGAGUUACGGAGCUCCGGCACUUCUCAUAUUUGACAUGAACCAUAAACAAUGGAAAUGGUCACAGAGGUGCCCUGUAACAAAACGAUUCCCGCUGCAGCUUUUUACCGGCUUUUGCUUUGAGCCUAGACUUGAAAUUGCUCCAUAG